CACCUGAACAGUAGUGUAUACAUAUUCGUAUCAUCUUUCACAGUGCACACUUCACAGUUUCACACAGAAAAACACAGAUUAUUCAUUAUCAAGAAUGACCAAUACCGUUCCCAUAGGUAAUGAAUCAGUAACCAGUUGACUAGGCAAAUUUACCCAAUGUGCACAAGGGACAUCAAAAUCAGCCUUGAGGGAAAACAAGGAUUUUGCAAAGUCUGUUUUCAGUAAGAUUACCCGAACUAAAAGAGGACACAUUCGCUCUGAACGAACCCACAGUGUUUUUUUUUUUUUCUUAACGCUGAAGCCCUGAUCUAGAUUAUGUAAGGAAGCUGAAAAGGACUCUGCUAAUAUCAUAGUUAUUUCUGCACUGUGAUGGACAGGCUUGACCUCCAUUCAUCUCCAUCCACCGCUGACACCAUCCUGCAGGGUCCCAGCACUGCUCUUACAAACAAUAUCUACGCUGCUGUUAUUAAGGUGUUCAAGGGAGAGGAACUACAGCCGAAUGAACUGUACUGCUUGAAUGAAAAUACCAGGUGGCUUCUAAGGACAGAUAUGGGGUUCUUUAUCAAAGAGUAUUUCCAGAAUCAGAUUUUGACCAAAGGUCUAUCAAUCAUUUUGGAUGAGAUUCAGAAGCAUGAAGGAGAGAGACAGCUGUUUGUUUUGGCCCAGGUAUGGGAUAGGUUUUUCACUGAGAUUCUGCCCACGUUGCAGGCUAUUUUAUAUCCUCUGCAGGGGCAGGAGUUGACAGUGAGACAGAUGACUCUUCUCGGUUUCAGGGAUAUGGUCCUAUUGAAGCUCUCUCUGGGUGACCUGCUGUGCAAGAAUCUGUCUCUCAUCCCAGCAUCCAUCACACAAAUGCUACUUGUGCUACAGGGAAUUCAGGAAUCCAGAGGCCCAUCAAAGCAAUAUUGCCAACUUGAGAGUCUGGUGGCGCUAGUGGUCAAACCCUACUUAUGGAACUGCAGACACGCAAGCUGCACUGAACAAAGCGCCACAAGAGCACAAGUGAGUCAUCCUGAGAUAAGGAUUACUCAUCACAUCUCUGAAGGCUCUCUGCUGUCCCCUGUAGUAGAACAGGAAGGGGAGAUGUACUUCGAGCAAGUGGGAAACCUACGACGCCACAGCGUGACAAAUGCUCAUUCUGACAUUAAGCUGCUGCCAAACUAUGGAUCUGACUAAAACACACCUCUGAAAUCUGCCAUG